AUGGCUGCUGAGCUUCAGCUUCUGUCCUUGAUUCGGCUUCAAUCUCAUAAUAGUACAAGCUUUGGGAUGUGGAACAACGACGACAACAACAACGACAACAACAACAAUAACAAUAAUAAGGUGCACCCGACUGGUGAAAAUGAAGUUGAUUCAUGGGAAGUUCGAGCCUUCGAGGAGGACAUUACUGCCGGGAACCAAAUGGGAUGCACUUGGCCACCACUCUCAUACACUUGCCACUUUUGUAGAAGGGAAUUCCGAUCCGCGCAAGCCUUAGGUGGUCAUAUGAAUGUGCAUCGACGGGAUCGUGCUAGGCUUCACCAACAACUACUUAUGUUUCCUUCUUCUUCUUCAAAUGAUUUUCCUAAAUCUCCUGAUUCCACAAUUUUAGUCCCAAAUCAAGAAUUCUUACCGAAUGGACUUUGCCUUUCCUAUUCCAUUCCUAAACUUAAUGGUGUAUUUGCACAAAAUUUACCCUCUACUACUAAUAUCCUUUCUGUCUCCCCUAAUCAUCCUCUACCUACUGAUAUGCCCGGGGAGGCUGCACAUAGCGUGAAUCCUUUGCUACUUUGUCACGAGUACUCGAGCAAAACACAACCUUCAUCCUUCAUUAGCAAUGACAAUAAUAAUCAAGGUAACGAGAGCGACAGAGAUUCAGCCAUUGAAGAGAUCGAUUUAGAGCUGCGUCUAGGUCGCGGAUUACCUACUCCAUGA